AUGUCCUACAACGACGACCGCCGCGAGUACGGCCAGGAGUCUGGCUACGGUGGCCGGGGAGACGACCGCCGCGGAAACGAACAGGGCGGAUACGGCGGUGGCGGUGAUCGCCGCGAAGAAUACGGCCGUCCCCAGGAGGGAGGCUUCGGAGGACCUGCUCUUGGCGACGAAGAGAGGAGGGGUGGCGGUGGAGGUGGCUAUGGCUCCUCAGGUGGUUACGGUGGGGGUAGUGAGCGCAGAGAAGAACAUGGAAGACCACAGGAAGGCGGCUACGGUGGCCCUGCGCUAGGUGAUGACAGACGCGAAGACCACGGUGGACGACGACAAGAGGGUGGAGGAGGAUAUGGCGGUGACCGCCCUAGUGGAGGUUACUCGGGUGGCGGAGGAUAUGGACACGAAAGCCGGCAGGAGUCACGUCCAAGCGGUGGCUACUCAGGCGGCGGCGACAACUACAAUGACCGUCCGUCUGGAGGCAGCAGCUACAACGAUCGUCCAUCCGGAGGCAGCAAUUACAACGACCGCCCAUCCGGAGGUGACAGCUACAAUGACCGCCCAUCAGGUGGCAGCUAUGGAGGAGGUAACUCAGGAGGCUACGGCGGAUCCGGCCACCAUGAAGGCCAACAAUCUUCUGGCACAUCCUACGGCGGAGGUGGCGGCUACGGCGGAGGUGGCGGCUACGGCGGCAGCUCAGAUGAUUUUUCUGGCGCAGCCCAGCACGCAUCAAGCGAGUCUGGUAACAGCGGUGACAACGACCUCUUCAGCAAUGUCCUCGGUAUGCUGUCCGGCAAGAAGGACAAGCUCAAGGAUGAGGACGUUGACGAAGAUGAUGCUGUCAAGCAGCACGAGAAGUUCUACGGUGGCGGUGGCCACGGCGGUAACGAGCAAGCCAGCUCAAAUAACGUCGGAGCUGCUGCUGCUAUGCAAGCCAUGAAGAUGUUCAACAACAGCAGCAACGAGGAUGCCAAGGGCGGACAGAACAAGUUCAUAGGCAUGGCUAUGGGACAGGCGGCCCAGCUUUUCGACAAGCAACAGAGCGAGGGCAAGACCGAUCCGAGUGCUACUAAGCAGGAUGCCAUUGCGCAGGCUGCACAGAUGGCUCUCAAGUUCUACUUGAAGUCGCAGAUGGGCGGAGGCAGCGGUGGUAGCGGCGGCGGCUCUGGAGGCGGUUUGGGAAGUGUCUUAAACAUGGCAUCAAAGUUUAUGAGUAAGUAG